UUUCUGUUUAGUUUCUCACUUUCUUUGUGGUCGCAUAUGCGUGUUUCAUACCUCCAAAGAGUUACGCCCAAAUCAUUACAAUGAGAAGUUCUCAACGACGAAUAGGUUCUGAUCUGCUUUUCCUGGCACUUUUUGUGACUUAUCAAAUUCUACCAUCAACGCGAGCACUCCCAAUAGAUUGCCAAAAGAACACAGCAGUCUGUUUGGAAGAAAUAAUGAAGGAAGUCACCCAAGUUCGAUUUGAGGUUAAAAUUCUCACGGAGAACAAAACAUUGGCGAAACCUAAGAACUGUGUUGAGCUCUACCAUUCCGGUCAAAGGAUCAGCGGUAUUUACACGAUCGACCCAGAUGACUCAGGCGCUUUUAAUGUGUAUUGUGACCAAACUACUUCUGGUGGGGGAUGGACAGUCUUCCAGAAGAGAAUGGAUGGCUCUGUUGAUUUUAAUCGCACCUGGAAUGACUACAAACAUGGCUUCGGUAACUUGGUCGGUGAAUUUUGGCUCGGACUGGACAAGAUAAACCGUCUGACACAAAACAUCACAAAGAACAUGCUUCGAAUAGAUCUGGGGGUAACUACGCGCCAAACUGUUCACGCUGAGUAUGAAUGGUUUGGGAUUGGAAAAGGGACGGCUGACUACCGGCUGUACAUUGGCAAUAUGACAGAUGCAACUGUUUCCUCUGAUUCCCUCAAUCCUCACAAAGAUCUCAUUUUUGGUACCUGGGAUAGAGAUCCUGCUAAUUGUACUCUAAAAAGAGGUAGAGGCUGGUGGUAUGGCAGCAGUAGUGGUUGUGCUGUUUCGUCGAAUCUCAACGGAAUUUAUCCGCAUUGUGGAAAGGAAACCUGGGCCGAUAUCCAUUGGAAAAAAUUAGAUCCAAACAAUCCCAAGGGCAGCGCCCCCACAUCAACUGAAAUGAAAAUUAGACCAGUGGAUUUUUUUUAAAACUUUCUGACGGCAAAGUGUUCAUGGAAAUAGUGAUUUCUGCGUCCUCUGAUCGGUCGACUUCGCUUUUAUUACAAUUAUGAUUGGCAGAUUAAUGAUUGAGUGGCCUUUUUUGAAUCUGAAUGAAUUCCAACGGGGAAACACCAUCGUUAACUGUUUCACUCGCGACCAGGCAUCAAGUGCAGCAAUCUGCAUGCAUGGUGAUGUCAAUUCUUUUUUCGUACUAUUCAUUGUUGAUUUGAAAACGCUGUAAUUAAAAAAAAUUAGUUCGCUUGCUGUCGAAAUUAAACCAAAAUAUCUUUGAAUUCAGUUUUUUAAUAUCUGACAAAGAAAUAUAUUCGGACCAAUCGAUGCCGUUUUGAAGAAGUAAUUUGCACGACAAGAAACAAAACGUGUAUCAUUUUCAACGCCUUUUGAUUCUAGAUUUUAAAAUGCUUAGAAUAUUCAGAUUAGAAGAAAUGACCAAAUUAUACACUGAACCAUAUAUAGUUGACCAAAUGCGAUUUGAGAAAAGGAUCUUUUCAUCACAUCGAAGUUAAUUCAGAAGGAUUUAUACCUAUGGAACAUUCUAAGCUACUAGCUGGAGUUCCUGAAUGUUUUUACUUAUUUCUACAGUUUUUACGUUUCCUGAUGAUUUUUAAAGCGUCACUAUCUUAGAACUAUCAAAAAAGCGAUUUAAGAUUAUAUCAAAAUAUGUUACUUUGGGAUAUGUGAGUUUUAACGUGUGAAGAAAUAAAGACUGUUGUUCAUUAUUGAUGCUUUUACGUCAAUGGCUAGACGAUAGUGUUACCAUG